CAGUAUCAUAUAUUAGUAAUAGUUGCUGAUGGCCAGGUUACCAGUGAGCGAGAAACAACAGAAGCUAUUGUGAACGCCUCAAAUUAUCCCUUGUCUAUUAUCAUGGUGGGUGUUGGAGAUGGACCUUGGGAUACCAUGGACGAAUAUGAC